ACGUGCUGACGCAGAGAGGCAGCUUAGCUCUGGGGUUUUUCCACUUAUGUUGGGGUUAGUGUUGAAGGAGGGCUGCUUAAGAACAGGGCCCUAUAAAUGAAAUCCACUCUUUCACCAGUCACCGAUUCAGUUGCAGUAAAGUAACCGAGUGAUCUGUGAGCAACUAAGGGAUCCUCUAGCCUCUGGGAUCCCAGGCACAGAAGGCUGGACAAAUACUGGACCAAGAGUAAGGGCGUUAUUCCCUGGAGUACAGUACUGCUUUUGUUGAAUGGCCCGGGGUGAAAAGAUGCAUUCUUUAAAAGAUUUUCACAAAGACACCCUGAAGCCCUCCCCCGGGAAGAGUCCGGGUACCCGGCCCGAGGAUGAAGCAGAUGGGAAGGUGCAGCGAGAGAAAUGGGCCAGCAAACUCGACUUUAUCCUGUCCGUCGCCGGAGGCUUCAUUGGUCUUGGGAACGUCUGGAGAUUUCCUUAUCUCUGCUACAAGAACGGUGGAGGUAAGUGCUUUGGGCAGGGGGCGAUACUGUGUGGGAGGCCAUUCAGCCUUGCACAGGGGGGGGGGGGGGGGUCAUGUACUGUGUGUUCUAUCUUUUUCUGUACUCUUGUGGGAAUGUCAGAAGAUCCUUUGCUACAGUUUUUGGAGAAGAGCAAAGUGGAUGUUGUCCCCUGUAGUUAUCCCUUAGCCGACACUGGAUCUUGUGUCUUUGGUUGGCUAGGAAUCGGCUGUGCGUCCAUCGUCAUUGUCUCCCUGUUGAAUGUUUACUACAUCGUUAUUCUGGCCUGGGGACUCUACUACCUCUUCCAGACCUUUCAGAGUGAACUACCCUGGGCAACAUGCGGCCAUACAUGGAACACCAAGAACUGUAUUGAAGACCGCCUGAGGAAAAACAUCUCCCUGUGUGUGACCUGCAAUGGCACCAACCUCACAUCACCCGUGACAGAAUUUUGGGAGCGGAACGUGUUAGGCCUGUCUUCUGGAAUUGACCAGGUGGGUUCUCUGAAGUGGGAACUGGCACUCUGUCUCAUGGCAGCUUGGAUCAUCUGCUUCUUCUGCAUUUGGAAGGGUGUCCGUUCGACUGGGAAGGUUGUUUAUAUCACUGCGACAUUUCCUUUCCUCAUGCUGUUGGUCUUGUUGAUCCGUGGAGUCACUUUGCCAGGAGCAGCUCAGGGAAUCAAAUUUUAUCUGUAUCCUGACAUUAGUCGCCUCGGUGACCCACAGGUGAGUGAAACCCCCAGCCCCUCCCCCAAAACACCACCAGACCCCAGCUUUAGUGCCUCUUGUCCCCCUCCUCUCCUCACUUCCUGCCCCUUAUUCCCCAACCCCCUUCCACCCCCCCACCACCGAAACCCCCCUCCCCACACCUCCACCCCAUCUCUCUGCAUUUGCCUCCUUUUAGGUCCCGGUUUGGCAUUCAUCGCUUACCCUAAAGCUGUGAGCAUGAUGCCUUGGCCUACCUUCUGGGCUAUCUUGUUUUUCGUAAUGCUCCUUCUUCUCGGAUUGGACAGUCAGUUUGUGGAAGUUGAGGGGCAGAUUACUUCCCUGGUUGAUCUUUACCCAUCCUUCCUAAGGAAGGGUUACAGACGAGAAAUCUUCAUAGCUAUAACAUGCACACUCAGCUACCUGCUGGGGCUGACUAUGGUGACUGAAGGUGGGUUGUAUGUGUUCCAGCUGUUUGACUACUAUGCAGCCAGCGGCAUGUGCCUUCUCUGGGUGGCAUUCUUUGAAUGUAUUGCAAUAGCCUGGGUGUAUGGUAACUGCUUAUCGUUUUACGACACACUUCUGAGGAGGAUUGGUUUAUUAGUGCCACUGUUGACUCAGCUUGUUCUGGUUGCUUGUUUUAUCUUCUCUCUUGCCAAGUACGCGCCACUGACCUACAACAAAGUCUACAAGUACCCUGACUGGGCGGAAGGUUUGGGUUGGCUGUUGGCUCUGUCCUCCAUGAUAUGCAUCCCUUUGGUGGUGGUUGUGAAGAUUAUUCAGUCAGACGGGCCAAUAAUUGAGCGGAUUAAGAUGCUGACUGCACCCAAGGGAGAAGGAAGGAAACCAAAAGAUGUAGCGUUGGAUGCUGAGGCCACAGUUCCACUCAGUCCCAAUGGGACUGCAGGAAACGAAGUUGGAAAGCCCACUCAGAUAAUUAUAGAAACUGCGAUGUAAGCUCUCUAUGAGAGACUAAAAUUGUGCUUUUUUUGUUUGACAUGAACUCCAGCCUUUCCAGGACCAGAUAACCCCAUUCACCUAAAGUAAUGCUUAUCAUAGACCUCAGUCUGAACUGAAUGGUUAAUCCCUCAGAGAACACAGUAAAUAAAACUAUAGAAACAACUAACCUCUGUAACUUGGUCAAGCGAUCACUCACAAGUAUUCCAAAUGUUGGUCACUCCAAUCUGAAGGCUAGGUUCUGCUUCCUAAUCCUUGGGGAAAGACUCUGGCUGUGUUUCCAACAUCAAGGUGAUCCGCUGGAGUUUUAUUUGUUUUUUUUUUUGGCCCAGUUGCCCCCUUCCCCAUCCCUUCAUCACCUUCAAUGUGGUUUUCUGAUUUGUAGAACCCCACCACCUCCCCCCGCCCCAGCACACAUCCCCCACCCCAUGAGAGUUGGAGCCAGUCUCAGGAGCGCCCUGUUUGUUCUCGCUGUGUGAUCGGGAGGUUAUACGCGGAGCAGAAUUAUUGGAAUUCCGAUUUCUUCUUUCCCUCCCCUCCCUCCCACACUAGUCCCCACCCCCAACCCAUCUUUUUUUCUAUUUAGCUUUUUGUACGUAAGAUGUUCUAAGAACAGGAACACAGUUCUAAACACUGUUGCAUUGUAGGAAUCUGCUCCCCACCACUCGCGCACCCUCCUAAUCCUCCGCUACCUCCAUCCUCCUACCCUUCCCCUACUCCUUCUCCAUUCUCUACUCGCCACUUUUCCCUCAUCCCUCCCCCCAAAGUCCCUCUUCUUGACCUUCCCCCACUCUCCUCCUCUCCGACACUCACCACUUCCCCAGUCCCCUCAUCCUCUUGCCCAACGUCCCUCCUCCUGCACUACCACCCCCCCCACUCCUCCUUCUCCUCCUCUACACUCUCCAUUUCCCACAUUCCUCCUCCUCCCCUGCCCCCUCCUCUCUCCCUGUGGUCAAGGCGAGAGGGUCAAUCCCACAAUGCACUGGACCAAACCAUAGUGGACGGGGGUAUAUAUUAGCAGCUAUUUUGUGAAUAACUUGCAGUUGAUAGAUUUACAAGAAGCUUAAAACAAAAUGUUGCACAAUGUUUGAAGUUCUUUUCGUGUGCGCGCGUGUGUGUGUGUGCGUGGUAAAGGAAUGAUUUCACAUUGUACCUGUGGCGUUUUUUAAAACUACAAUCAUUGUGUAUAGAACAAUACUGACGAUUUCAGUAUCAAUGUUGUAGUGAAUCUCAAUGAAAAACUUUCUAACCCUUGUUCUUUUUCUGUACGGACCUAUUUUAAUCUGUGAUCACCCUGUUAAAGACAUUUUGGAUUCUGUGUUUAUGUCAGACACAUACAAACAGCACAGCUUCCAUGUCUGUGUUGUACAAGUCAGUCAGAAGUGAUCAGAAUCUUUUACCCUUUCUCUGUCUCCCUCUCUCUGUCUCUCUCUCUCUCUGUCUCUCUCUCUCUCCCUAUUGCACUGCAUUUUUGUAACAACAGUUUAGUACAACUUAAGAAUUGACCCCCUUCCUUUUGAACCAUCAACCUGUUUUUUAAACCAUGUUUUGAAAAGAAUUUGGCUAUUUUAUUUCAGUUUUAAACCCUCUGUGUGUGUGUAGAGGAGGUAGUGGUGGGUCAGUGCUGAGGAAAUGUUUCCUUCUUAACCCUGGGUUAAAAUUGAUCAAACAAUCCACAGCCCCUUCCCUCAGCCUCACUGUGUGUGUCUCCAGAUGGAAGGGAGUAUCAGAAAGCAAAUUUUUUAGAGAGUAGGGGACAUAUUUUCACUCCCGGAGAUUAUGUUAUAUCAGGAAUUGAAUGUGUCAGUUCUGCCUCUUGUAGACAGUCAGCAGAGGAUCUGGGGAACAGACCCACAUUCCUGAGAGGACACCUGUUUUGGAAGCAGUUGAUCUCCUGAGCAGGGAACCCAUUGUGUAACACCCACAGAUCCUGCCUCGCAAAACUUCCAGAACCUUUACUCAGCUUCACGUUCACAGUCGCCAGUCAAAGAUUUUCUGAGCCUGUGGAAAAACAUGUCAGAGGGGAUCCAGUUAAUUCAACACUCAGACUGCGUCCAGAUGAAGGUGAACAUGCACACCGCUUCCCUUUCUCCUUGUGUCACAUUCUGAAACCGCUAUUAGACCUGCACUGGGCCUCCAUGUAGCUCCAGUCUGUCUUAAAACAUCUUGCAUUCAAGAUGGCGGCUCAGCACCACCACCCCUCCAGGAGAGCCGCCAGGGGUGGGCGAUAAAACGGUAUUCCCGUUCCCCGUGAAUGAGUUAGAAAUACAGACCCUCCACCCCAGCUGGCCAGCUCAUCGAUUAGGAGGUAGGGACAAGAGUAGGCCAGUUAGCCCCUAAAGCCCAGAAUGUCAUCCCCAAGAUCCUCGGUGAUUCUGCCAAUCCAGAACCCAAUUCUGGUGGGCCCUUGCUCUCUCCCCUCCUCCCUCGGCCUGUACCCCCUCACCUGCCCCCAUCUGAUCGUCAGCUCUCUGCCCACAGUCACAGUUCGUAAUCUCUCUGCUGAAUGAAGAAUUUGAGUGAGGGCUUGAAAUGCCUCACACCAGGGUUAGUGAGGGUAGUGUGGCCUGGGGCAGAGGAUAUGGUGUUGGGAACAGAGUAUUUCUAGCUGGUGUGUUGAGAUUAUUUGGGGGUCUCUGGGGGUGGGGGGGGGGGGUGCUAGAUUGAUGUUAGCGACGUUUUCAGUCAUGCUGCUUCACAUCUCCGUGUUUUACAUUCUGCCCAGUCCUUGGAAUAAUGAGUGACGCACUGUAUGGGACUGCAGCUAUUUCUGUUGUAAGGUCAGUCAGCAUUGGCAGCUGUAACAGUGAGAUAAUGGUGAGUCAGGGACUCUGAGCUCCAGCUCUUUAUAUUGACUGUGAUGAAGUGACAGGUGAAUGAUUAAACCAACAGGCAUCUGCACUCCACUGAGCGUGAGAGUUUGUAAAAGGAAAAACAAAGAUAACUUGGACAACAAAAUAACAUGUUCCUUUAUUUCCUCUUGACACCUUCACCAUUGGCACAUUUUAAAGAGGUGGGGAAGGAAGGCAGGUUUGACUGGGAUAGGUAUCAUGUGGAGAACAUUCCAGGCAGACUAGGUGACUCCAGACCCCCAGUGAUCCAGUGAAAGAGAGUUGUGAGGGAUCCGACCUCUAACCUGAUUCCUGCCUGUGAUCUCGGAGUGUUGACUGUGAGAAGUUCCCUUCCCCCAUCCCAGCCUCACACUGUCCCAAAGUCACCUCCAGUAGAUAAAGGGAUAACACAUGGAAGAGGCACCUUAUCCUCUCUCUGCCUCCUGUCACUGAAUGUGGAGAAGCUGAACCUAAUUUGCAGAACAUUUCACAAAGAAACAAGCAAAGAGUUCAAAUAUUAUUUUUGACCUGGGUUUUUUUUUGUUUCGUUUGAUUGAUUGUAAAAGAAAAAUGCAUUGCUUUCAAACAACAAAACCAGGCUUUCUAAGCACCCACAUAGAUACUGGCCCAGCCAGGAAACCACACAUUGUGAAAUCGCCUGUUGGGCUAGAGGAGGUGUGGUGGGUGGGAGUGGUGUGCAGAAUGGAUCAGGGUAGGGCAAAAGUUCUGGGGAUUUUGUUUUUGCUGCAUUAUAGUUUUCUCAGUUGAUAUUUGUUGAGGGUUGGGAUUAGAAUCAGGGGAGAGCUGGUGUAGAAACUGUGGGCAAAUGAGCCGUUUGGCAUGAGGAGGGGGAGGUUCGAUAGGAGCCAGCAAGGAGUUGGCACUAAUACACACACACACACACACAGAGAGGCAGGGGGGGGUUGUGGGUAGAAGGUACACAAUGCGCCAGGCAAACUGCACUGACCUC